AUGUACCGUCUUGUCGCCGUCGUCCUCCUGGCUGGAGUUGCGCUCUGCGCCCCCAUCGAGAACUUCGAUGAUAUCCCCAGCCAGUACAAGGAUCUGAUCCCCCCGGAGGUUGCUGAUCAUCUGAAGUCUCUGACCGCCGACGACAAGAAGGCCAUCAAGGCUGUUGCUCUUCGCUACUCCGAAUUCAAGACCGAGGAUGAGGCCAUGGAGGCUCUGAAGAAGGAGAACGAGGGCACCUGGGAGAAGGCCCAGAAGCUGCACAAGUUCGUCCAGGAGAAGGUUGACAAGCUCGCCCCGUCCGCCAAGGAAUUCGUCACCGAGGUCCUUGCCGCCACCCGCAAGCUCCACAGCCAGGUCAUCUCCGGAGUCAAGCCCAACCUUGAGGAGCUUAAGGGACAAGCCAAGUCUUUCAUCGAGAAAUACCAGGCCCUUCCCGAGGAGGCCAAGGCAUCCUUCCGCGAGCACUUCCCCAUCACCGCCGGACUUGUCAAGAACGACAAGUUCAAGGCCAUCGCCGAGGGGCUGCUCAAGGUCAAC